AUGGCACCGAAAAAUGUCAGCUCGCAUAUUGUCGUGGAUAAUGAUCAACCUACAGCUCCACCUCCUUCAACUAGGGCGAGUGUUGCGAUGAGUAUGAGAUCCUUGCCAGAGGCCGCUCCUCCGGCCAGCCAGACCAAUAUGAAUACUCUCCCCAGGCUCAGCAACCCCAUGGCCACCAUGCCGCAGCAAGAUCGAAGCAAAAAGAGGAAGGCCUUGACUAUUGACACCCGUGCCGAAACAACGCUGGACAAGUCUCAACGGCGUCGCCAGAACUCAAACGCAGACUACGUUCCAGUUGCCCCAGUCCCUUUACAAGAGGCGCCCGCCUCUCGUCCGGGCAGUCCGUCCAGGGUUUCGUUACCUUCGUUCAUGCGGCCUUCGAUGAGCAGUAGCCGUCAGAGUUCUAUUUCGCAGCAGGGCCUGAAUCCGGGCAUAGCGCCGUUCUAUCCUGCCCAAAGCACUGCCCAGGUUGGCACGACCCAGGCGAAUUACGCCACUGGCCCUAGCCCUAACCUAGGUUCACGGAACGCAAGCAUUUCUAGUGCCCAGUUUGCGCCCCAGUACCAACUGCCCCCUAUUCGAACCAACCCAACACCCAGUCCGAGAGCCACCCAAAUGCCCCCACCGCCGCAACAGCAACCACAGCCUCUAUCAGGAACGCAUCGACCCAGUGCCUCAUCGCCGGAGUUCGAGGUCCUCGCUCUGAGGUCUCAAUUGAACCUCAGCCAGGCGGAAAAUGCCGCUACGGCGAGGAACCUGUCAGACUGUGCGUUCCGGCUACGGCAAUGCGAGCGUGCGAAUGCCGACUUACACAGGGCACUGCACAACGCGACUCAGGCAGCAACACGGGCUCCACGCCGAGAAACACUCAGUUCUAUUCCAGCGCCGAGCGAGCAACUGACGCAAUCCAUGAUUGAAAAUCUCCAGCGGGAGAAGAAUGCCUUGCUCGCCAAAAAUGAACAGCACAAGAGUCAGAUUCGGCGUCUCAAUGAGGAGCUCAAUAAGGUCAUCAAUGAACUUCCGAGCGACAGAGAACCCUUGGUUCGAGAGAAUAUGGAACUACGGGCCAAGUUACAGCGCAGUGCUGGGAUUCUGACCUCCAUCGAGAAGAAAGUGGCUGCAGCGAUGAAUGAUGAGGGCAACGGGGAUGGCCACACUGGGAAAUGA